CCAGCGACCAGGACAGAUUGUAUACCUCUUCCCACAUGCAAUACACUGGGGAUUUAACGUCUCGUACAACCUCAAUCAAGCGGUAAACGUUGCAUCCCAGUCAUGGGCCUUGUGUGGAGUCGCCGCUCAGAAACCCUGCAAUUGGCCGACGUACGUAGAACCUGACACAAACCUGUUCGUAUAUGACUUAUACUAUGAAUUCUCAAUGUCUUAAGAGUAUUGUAUCCUUACAGGUUGGAAAAAACGGGCAAGCUGAACCCGGAGGCCCUGUUCAAGAUUUGUGGAGUAACCCCACAGAUGAGGGCAGAUUGAAAAAAAAAAACAACCGCCAUGAAGCUUUAGAACAGUUGAGGCAAUCACGACCCCUGCUGUACCGAGCUUUAAACAGACAACAAGUUGAACCCAUUCCAGCCUCCAACCUACUCGGAAACGACGGAACGGACGAACAAGAAGAUCUCGACCUUGGAGACGAAAACCCGGACAAUCCACCGACCGACUUCGAACACCACGGACCAGAACCACUGAAUUUCCAGACCACCACUCAGACUCACGGACAAAACGUUUUAUGUCCCCUCUGCACGGCCAGCAUGGGGCAUAAACAUAACGACACUGGAAGAGACAGGCUCCGUAGGCACGCACUCGCCAGACACCUCCAUUGCGCAGAUGCCGUUGUACAGGAAUACGACAGACAGGCCGCAGUGAUGCCCGUGCAGUCACAUUAUAAAGUCACAGGUGACUCAAUGAAAAAUAACAACCUAAGGCUCCGAAAGAUAAACGGUUUGCCUGCGUGCCAUAGUUUCUGAGAUAAGACGGAUCGAAAAGCACCCCGUGCGGAAAGAAGCAACUUUAGGAUGUGCCGAGCCGCGCCCAAUACUGUAAUGACUUUUCCCAUUAAAAAACUUAACGACAGGUUUGUCGUUAUUUUACGAAUCUUUUUUUGCAGUGCACUCGAAUUUGAUCCCCUAUGAAUAAUAUAGAAUUAAGAGAUAUCUGAUACAUGAAAAAUCCUACCCUUGUCAUUCUAUCUAGCACUCUUUAAAGGAUAAGAAGGUAAAAUAAAAGUUCAAAACUUUUGUGAACUUGUGCGGCGUAAACGGGCGUUUAACAUUUUUUUUAUGUGUUUCCUGAAAACUUGUGAUUUUGCAGUAAUCCCCUUCUUCCGCUUCCUGGGCCAAGUUUCAAGCCGAAACCUCAACCCUAUGGGUCAAAACUGUCCGUUAUUCAAAAAGGGGUCGGGCGUCCGCGGACUUAAUCUGGUUGGGGGUGUCCAUCCGAUUUGAACAAAAUCGAGCACAUGAGCCUUUGUACGGGGGACGUUCCCAGAACAUUUACCGACGCGUUUCAUGAUCCAAAAAAAAACAACAAACGCAACACUUUGAGGUAGGGUAGCUCUAUAUAUUAUCAUAACUCUGAGGCACGGCGGUCC